CAUAUGAGAAAAUGCAAAAAAAUGAACUUUUAGAACAUUAUAGCUAUCUAAAUAUCAGAGAUGAGAUUUGUUAUAGUCACUAUUUAGAUAUUAUAGAACCAAAUUGGCAUUCAAAAAAACAUUAUCUUACUGAAAUAAAGCCAACAAAUGUUAUUGACAAUAAAUUAGUUACAAGCAGUUAUGAUAUUCAUAAUCUCACAUUUGUGGAGCAG